AUCUUCUCUGCUAUUACACUGAAGUAACUGAACUCAUCUUCUUGAAUUCUCUUUUCGCCAUUCAAAAUCUUCCAUCUUCUCCAUUAUGCUAAGAUUCUAGCUUUGAUUUCCUUACAAAUGGCGCUAAAAACCCUAAUUCAAUUCCCAGUUUUCGCGCCUCCAAAGCCACCAGACCAUCAUCAGCGGCUAGUCACCGAAAUCCGUUUCUCUAGGUGGAACAACGCUAAUGCGCAGAAAUUCGUCCGCCAUGAACGCAAGCAGAAGGAUAUAGAAGACGAGCUCCGUUUUGUGAAGCGUUUCGAUUCCGCAGAUAGGAUUGCUAACAACUACGAGAAUUCUACGGCCACAAACGGUGGAACCGGCACGUUUAGGUCCAGGGGAACUCCUUCGAGUCCUUCUCGUUCUUCAAUUCCAGGUAAACGCUCGAAAUACUCCAAACCAGAUAAGGAAAGGGAAACGGAAACGCACCCUGCGUUUCGCAGGACUGUUACGACGAGGAGAAUCCCGAAUGAUUCUACAACGGGUGGAAAAGCGGAAGUUAAAAUUGGCGAAGAUGGUGUCUCUUACGUUAUUCAAGAUGCUCCUUUUGAGUUUCAGUAUAGUUAUACCGAGACUCCAAAGGUGAAACCUUUAAGGUUAAGGGAGCCACCGAUUGCGCCUUUUGAGCCGAGUACAAUGUCAAGACCAUGGACUGGACGAAAACCGUUUCCCCCCAGCAAGAAGAAGAUUGAAUUUGAUUCGUUUAAGUUACCUCCACCCGAUAAGAAGGGUGUCAAGCCAGUGCAAGCUCCCGGACCUUAUUUAGCUGGUUCAGGGCCAAAGUACGUUACGUCUAGAGAUGAGAUAAUUGGCGAACCAUUGACUAAGGAAGAAAUCGAGGAUCAUAUACAAAAUGCUAAGAAAUCUUCCCGUCAAAUGAACAUGGGUAGAGAUGGUUUAACCCACAACAUGUUAGAAAACAUUCAUGCUCAUUGGAAGAGGAAAAGGGUUUGUAAGAUAAAAUGUAAAGGAGUGUGUACAGUUGAUAUGGAAAAUGUUUGCCAGCAAUUAGAGGAAAGAACUGGAGGGAAAAUUAUAUUUCAUCGAGGAGGAGUUAUAUACCUUUUCCGAGGUAGGAAUUAUAACUAUAAGACUCGGCCACGAUAUCCUCUUAUGUUGUGGAAACCUGCAAGUCCUGUGUAUCCAAGAUUGGUUAAACGAGCACCCGAUGGUCUUACCCUUGAAGAAGCUUAUGAAAUGCGAAAGAGAGGACGCGGCUUAAUACCAAUACUCAAACUUGGUAAGAAUGGUGUUUAUUGUGGCCUGGUGAAAACUGUCAGGGAAGCAUUUGAAGCUUGUGAAUUGGCGAGAAUUAACUGUGAAGGAAUGAAUCCAAGUGACUAUCACAGAAUUGGUGCAAAAUUGAAGGAUCUAGUUCCAUGUGUGCUCAUUUCGUUUGAGAAUGAACACAUCCUAGUCUGGAGGGGAAGAGAUUGGGUUUCCUCAUUUCCAAAGCUCGAUGAUGACAAGACAAACGAUGAAACACAAAUACAAGAAACCAAUGAUGAAUCUAAGGACGCAAAUAUCCCUUCCUUUCCUACUCUUGAUAUGGGUAAUGCAAGCGUUGAGAAUUUCGAUGCCAAUCUAGCGAAAGCCGAUGAUGUUAUCGAUGAUCCUCAACCCUUACCUGAGAAUGAUGCAAACCAGAUCAAAUUGGAUGAUGAUGCUAUCAAUGAUCCUCAACCCUUACCUGAAAAUGAUGCAAACCAGAUCAAAUUGGAUGAUGAUGCUAUCAAUGAUCUUCAACUAUUACCAGAAAUUGAUGCAAACCAGAUCAAAUUGGAUGUUACAAUUUCUACCACUAAUGACCUAAUAAAAAGCACAGAAUAUGAAGAUGUCUCGGAAAGGUCACGAGAUCAUAUCGAUAAAUUGCGAUUGAGAGUGACAUCACUUUGGAAGAAGGCUAUCGAGAGUGGGAGUGCAAUUGUGUUGGAUAAUUCAAGUAUUGACGAUGCUGACAUCGUCUUCAAAAGUGCUGUAACAUUUGCCAAGUCUGCUCCGGCUGGGCCAGUGUUCAAGCUUCGACCAAAGAAGUUGGCGGUUGAUAGAUUCGAAAAACGCGUAACAAAGAAGUUGGAUGAGCGCCCCAAUCUAGACACUGAUGUUUUUAAUAUAGAAAUGUUGGAUUUGGGAAAAGGUGGUCCUGAAAAUGAGAAGAGUCCUAAAAGGAAUAGAAAAAAGGGUGAUAAUGUUGUCUUUCAUAGUUUGGAUGUUGUUCCUCGAGGGAGCCUGAGAGUAGAUGAACUUGCUAAGCUAUUAGCUUGAUGUAUUUGGUUUUGGUUUUGUUUUUGUGCUGUAUUAAUGUACAGGCAUAUUUGGUUGCAUUUUUUAUUAUAAGAAAAAUUAUCAAGA